AUGUCCGACAUUGCUGCUCAGGAGGAAGAACUAAAGGAGUUCAAGCUUCAGGUUGGUCGCAAAUUACCCACACGUUAUGAAACUGUGGUGUCAAGUUUGCAGUCCGACCCUGAUAAUACAGAACUUGCGAGUCUCCAGACCGAACUUGGUGAACUCAUAAGCCUUACCGAAACUGCCAUUGCCGAACAAAAAGCCGAACAGCAGGCUGCGCCACCGAAACCUGCCCCCAAGGAGAACCGUUUCAAGAAUAACAGCUUCCAGAAGCCUGACCACACUGAUGAGGCACCCACCCCAACAGCCCCGGCCUCAUUUGCAGUCAACGAUACCGUUCUUGCCCGUUGGGUCUCCGGCGACAAUGCAUUCUACCCGGCCAAAAUCACAUCCAUGACAGGCUCCUCAACCAACCCAAUGUACUUGGUCUCAUUCAAGUCAUAUGGGACGGUGGAAAACUUGACGGCCAAGGACAUCCGACCCAUUUCUGGCUCUGACUCACGCAAACGCAAGGCUGAUGGAACCCCAGGCAGUUCGGCGUCUCCCUCGCCCGCGCCCCCCGGUGUGAUCUCCGCCGCAGCAGAUAUCAACCCCGCUCUUGCUACCCAGGCUCGCAGCGAGCCCAGUAUGGCUAGUGACGGACCCCCUCGUCCAGCUAAGGUCCCUCGCAAGGUGAAGGCGAACAAGGAGCUCGAGGAAGGAAAGAAUAAAUGGAAGGAUUUCGCAGCCAAGACUAAGGGCAAGGGAAAGUUUGGCAAGAAGGACAGCAUGUUCCGAACUGGUGAGGGUGUGAAUGCACGAGUUGGUUUCACAGGUUCCGGCCAAACCAUGCGAAACGACCCGACACGAUCUCGCCACAUCUACCAACAAGCCGAGGAUGAUGGCUAUUAG